AUUACACACUCACACACACUGCAGGCUCUGAUGACGGUGAACUCCAGACUGAGGCAGCUCUACCCCGACAGUGAGGAGCUGUUUGAUAUCGUCCUGAUGACUAAUAACCACGCCCAGGUCGGGGUGCGCCUCAUCAACAGCAUCAACCACUACGAUUUAACCAUUGAGAGAUUCUGUAUGACGGGAGGGCAAAGCCCCAUUGGCUAUCUGAAAGCCUACAUGACCAACCUGUACCUCUCCAAGGAUGGAAAGAAAGUCACUGAGGCCAUUGAGGAGGGCAUUGCUGCAGCGACCAUGUUUACAUGUGGAGAUGUGGAAAACCAGCUGUCCGACACACAGCUGAAAGUAGCCUUUGACGGAGACGCUGUCCUCUUCUCUGAUGAGUCGGAGAUCAUCGCGAAACAACGUGGCCUGGAUAAGUUCUUUGAGCACGAGCAGGAGUUUGAGAACAUACCUCUUAAAAAGGGUCCCUUGAAGUGUUUCCUGGAGGCACUGGGGAAGCUCCAGAGAAAGUUCUAUGCCAAGAAUGAGCGUAUGAACUGCCCCAUUCGUACCUACCUGGUAACAGCCCGCAGUGCAGCCAGCUCAGGGGCCCGUGUCCUCAAGACCCUCAGGAGCUGGGGCCUGGAGAUCGACGAAGCCCUGUUCCUAGCCGGGGCCCCCAAAGGGCCCCUCCUGCAGAUGAUCCGGCCCCACAUAUUUUUCGACGACCAGAUGUCCCACAUCGAGGGAGCCAAGGAGCUGGGGACCAUCGCUGCACACGUGCCUUAUGGGAUCGGACAGAAGUAUCACAAGGGGGAACUUAUUGAGCAGCCUGCCAAACAUGUCAAAGACAAGAAGUAAAGAGCCUCCUAGUGGUGGGGAGAUAUCAUACAUUAUUCAAAGGCUUAGUUGCACACUACCCUGUCAUCAACUGUAGGACCUUUAUUGUUUAUCAGGAUUUUGUAUUAUUUCUCUUUUUUACACUUUAUUACAAACAUCUUUAUCAGAAAAUAUUGUAUUAACAGGAGAGAAACACAUUGCAUUUAUUUUUUUGCAGGACAUGACAUAUCAUCCAAAAUGGAUGAUGUAGUACACAAUUGUGCAUAUUUUUCGAGGACCCAUUUUGGCUCGUGAGCAUGACUUAAAAAAAUAUUGGCUGAAAUGUACUGAACUUUAGGAGCAACUCUUUAAUCAAUCAUUAUUUUUACUACCCAUGCAUUGUUCUAAUCUAUUCCAUUUUCUUAUUACAUUUAAUAAUACUAGUUUUUAGACAUAACCUCACCUUGCUCUUAGUAAAGCUGUAUUAGGCUAUAUGUUAUAUCAAAACCUCAAGCAAGCUAGUUCAACAUAUCUGUUUCACUAGUAAAAUGUUACGUGUCAGGCGUUGUGUUCCAAAUAGUUUACAGCUGAAUAUACACAAUUGUUUGUUUAUUUUUUUCAGUUUUAACUGAACAUAAAGGGUUCUAAAGGGUUCUAUAUAUAAAUGCAACAC